UGCAAGGGUUCAAGGCGUCUCAAACGAAGAUGCUAGCACGCAUGUGUUAAUCACUGCAGCUGCGGCAGCGAGCAUCCAUUCCACUUUGACCUCCCAGAUUAUCUGUAUGCAAGCAGCAGCUCCAAUAUUGAUAUUGGAGGUAUAUGCUUUAUUUUAAUAAGGGUAGACCACCACUGAUGAUCGUUUUCAUUUAAAGUGAGGAGAAGGAAUGUGAAGUAAACAUUAUUGGUUUGUUAUUUUGCAUGUCUGUGUGUCUUGUGCGUGAAAGGCUUUUCGGAAUUUGUGCUCCCUUGAAUAUUAUUUCUCGGUGACAGGGUGCAAUGGUAUUAUCGCAUCGAAGGUACCUGUGAGAACAGAAUAAAGGACUGAUCCAUCUGCAACAAAGGGGAAGGGGAAAUAGUGAUGGCUCAUCUAAACUCAUCCAGGAAACGGUUUAUGAUUCUGGAAAAGCUGGCUUUUCCUAGAAGAAUGCUUAUCUGGGUCUCUUUAUUUUUAUGUUUCCCUACAUGUUCGGUUCAGAAGGAUGAUGAUGACUAUGAAGAUUACACAGCCAAUAAAACAUGGAUUUUGAAUCGAAAGGUGCACGAGAGUGAUGUAACUCGCAUUCUGAAUGGCUUAUUGGAGGGCUAUGACAACAAACUUAGGCCUGACAUGGGAGUGAAACCAACUGUUAUUCUUACUGACAUGUAUAUAAAUAGCAUCGGUCCUGUGAAUGCCAUCAACAUGGAAUAUACCAUUGACAUAUUUUUUGCUCAGACGUGGUAUGACAGACGUCUGAGAUUUAACAGCACAAUGAAAAUGCUUCGACUCAAUAGUAACAUGGUUGGCAAAAUAUGGAUUCCAGACACAUUUUUCCGAAAUUCUAAGAAAGCAGACGCACAUUGGAUUACAACACCUAAUCGUAUGCUUCGGAUCUCGAAUGAUGGGAAGGUUUUGUACACAUUAAGAUUAACUAUUGAGGCAGAAUGCCAGCUGCAAUUACAUAACUUCCCAAUGGAUGAACAUUCCUGUCCUCUGGAAUUUUCAAGCUAUGGAUAUCCAAAGGAAGAAAUUCUUUACCAGUGGAAAGCCAAGUCUGUUAAUAUAGGAGAUAUUAGGAACUGGAGGCUCUACCAGUUUUAUUUCCUUGGACACAGGAAUAUGACAGAAACUGUGAAGACAACUUCAGGUGAUUAUAUUGUCAUGUCUGUUCAUUUUGACAUCACCAGAAGGAUGGGAUAUUUCACCAUUCAGACUUAUAUCCCUUGUACACUGAUUGUUGUCCUGUCUUGGGUGUCCUUCUGGAUUAACAAGGAUGCAGUGCCUGCCAGAACAUCAUUAGGUAUUACAACUGUCCUGACAAUGACUACACUCAGUACAAUUGCUCGUAAAUCUCUUCCAAAAGUCUCUUAUGUAACCGCAAUGGAUCUUUUCGUAUCAGUCUGCUUUAUUUUUGUAUUUGCUGCCUUGGUGGAGUAUGGCACAUUGCAUUACUUUGUCAGCAACAGAAAGCCAAGCAAGGACAAAGACAAGAAGAAGAAAAACCCUUUACUUCGGAUGUUUUCCUCUAAGGCACCAACUAUUGAUAUUCGUCCAAGAUCGGCAACAACAAUUCAGAUGAAUAAUGCUACACACCUUCAAGAAAGAGAUGAAGAAUAUGGGUACGACUGUCUGGAUGGGAAAGACUGCACAAGCUUCUUUUGCUGUUUUGAGGAUUGUCGGACAGGGGCAUGGCGUCAGGGAAGAAUACACAUACGAAUUGCCAAAAUUGACUCCUAUUCAAGAAUCUUCUUUCCUACUGCUUUCUGCUUAUUCAACCUAGUAUACUGGGUUUCAUAUCUUUACCUUUAGAAAAGGAAAUGGCACACGUAAGGAGAUGCUUUCCAUUCUUAGCUAGUAAAUAUAUGUUAUAUGUAGACAAGUCAAGUAUAACAUCAUUAAUUUGCCAGUGCCAUAAUCCUGCAUUGUCAAGAGAUCAUUAAACUCUGUUUCAAUUGCUGUUCCAUUACGCAUUUUGUAAAGGCCAUGUCACAACUCUAUUUUAAUUAAAAAUGGGUUUGACAUAUGCAGUGUUAGUGCAGCAGAAUCAGUAUUAAGAGAGAGAGAGAUCACGGACCAACAAUAACGACACCUAGAAUUUACCUCUUGGCUGCUACUUGCUGUUCAAAUGGAAAUUAUUAAAAUAUAAUAAAAGCAAGCUAUUUAUUCCUGGAUUGCUUUCCAAUUCCUCACCCCUUUUGAAACUGUGUGCCAUUUUUAAAGUUAUGAUCAAAAUUUAGUUUCCUGCAAAAACGUUUUUCUCAUGCUACAUAAUAGGAUGUUUGCUAAAAAAUGUACCAUCCCUGCAAUAGCUGUUAAAACAUGUUUUUAUGUAUUUAAAUAGCUUAUAGUAACUGAUAUUUACUGCAUGCAUCUGUUUUGGCCAAAGUUGAGGAAAAUAUGUAAAAAAAAUUUGAAAUACAUUUUGCAAAGUGUAUUCUCAGUCUCUUGUAAAAUGACAUAUGGAUAUAAUCCAUUUUAAUUUACUUUUUCACAAGCAUGGGGGUUUUAAAAGAGAGUACUUUGAUAUACAAUUUAUAGAUUACAUGCUUAAAGCCUUAAUAAAUACAGUACUAUGUAAAAUGUCAAGUAUACCUUUAUCAUCCUAUCUUGUGCUUAUUUAACUCUGAAUGCAGAUUCUGAAGGAGCUGGUCAACUAUCUGCUUGUGUAUGUAAUACAUUAAUAUUGAAAUCUUUGUUUUUCAGUUCUGUCAUCACUUAACUGAAAUAGCACAUAAGCAUGAUGGGCAACUUAUAUAUAAAUCUAUGGCUAUGUAUCAGCAAUGCAUUUUCGGCAAGCAUUGUUUUUUUAAAUCAAAUGUCAUUUUGUUUUGUAAAAAGAUGCACAUAUGGAAAAUAUAUUUCAUACUAAGUGGCUAGUCUGAUAUUAAAACACUUCUUAUAUUAACUCAUUAUUCAUAUGUCUAUGCUAAUGCAAAUCCAUGAAUCUAUAUGUUAUUAUCAAAGUGACUACAAUGUGAUAAAAUGUGGUGUAAUUCUAAAGGUUUUCAGUGCCUCACUUCUAUACAGCUCUUCAUUCACUGCUGUCAAGUUGCAUCCUGUAGUGACCACAUGAACAGUGAUUUCCAUCCACAGAGUUUACAAAGCUGGUAGAGACUGGAAGUAGAUUGCCUGUCCUCUCUUACACACACACACACACACACACACACACACACACACACACACACACACACAAUCCACCUAAUGCAUGAAUUUGGGCUGUGGAAGGAAAAGACUGCCUGGAGAAAACCACACAGUUACAGGGAUAAUAUGCAAACUCUGCACAGAAGAAUCAAACUAGAGAACCUCUUGCUGUGAAGCAACUGUGAAACUCACUGUGUCACUGUGCAAUGACAUGGUGACAGAAUGUGCAACAAAAUAAGCACUUAUUUUGUUUCCAGAGAAAAUAAAAUGAUUCAUAGACUUAACUUCUGCCUCAUCAGGAUAAAGAUCGUGGAGAUCUAUACUGAGGGAAUUGAAAAGGAAGCCCUUUAAUGAGAAAAAGUAAGGAUAGUAAGAUGCAAAACAGAUUAAGUAGGCAGAAUCUGUUAUCAGGCUGAAAACCGCUAAUGAGAAAAACAGAUGUUUGUUAAAACUGGUUGAUGAGAAAGAUUUUCAGAAAUAAAACCAAGGAGUAUCAGUAGUGUGUGCAUGUGUACCUCUAACCUGUGAACAGCCAAAUUUUGUCACAAUGUGGUUGUCUACAGUCAUUUCCAGGAUGCUGAUUUGGAACGGCAAGCUGUUUUAGUCAUAUUUUACUUUUGGAUCACACAUUCACCUACGGGAUUAAAAUUAGUAGAUGUUCUUAGACCACCUAGAGUUUAAAGAUUGGAAGACAUGCAAAAUAACUUCAAAUCACUUAAUCCAUAAAAAAAUGAUCAGACAUUAUAUUUGAGUAGUUGAUCUGAACCCAGUGUUAGGAAUUCUAAGCUUAACACAAAAACAAUUUAAUCUGCUUUGAUGUGAAUAUUGUGAUGGCAUCAUGAUUACUAGUAACAUUGUGUUGUGUGUAUCUUUUGAAAGAUGCACUAAUCCUUUUAGAAUACUCUUUCUGUCAACACCAUACUAUUUUGUAUAGCCCAAACAUUCCUUAAUAUGCCAGAAUAGUUGUGUACCAACCAGUGAUACCCCUGCUUGAUAGCACACAUAUAUAGCUAGUGAUUUUGAUUCAUCGUGACAUUUUAGUGAUGCUCUGAUCAUUCCAGUAGGUGCUAGAUUGUCAACAGAUAUGCAACUUAAACAGAGCAUUUAUUCUCAGAAAUGAUAUACAUAUGUUUUUAAUAAUGGUGUAUGUGAAAACAGAUUUUCAAUGUUACAGAAAUAGGAGGUGCUGAUGACCCUAUAUUUAGUUAAAUCAUCAACCUUAUUCUUCAUACUGAGUAAAGUAAGCGUCACUGAGUAUAUUUUGUCAGACUAUACACUUCCAUAUCCUAAAUAUUUUACAUCAGAUAUUCAUCAGCAUGUGGAUGUUGUAAUGCAGACAUACAUACAUAUAUUAUGCACUUCAGCAGUUUUGUGAACAUUUUAUUUGCAGCUGUGUAACAAUAUGACAAAGGCAAGAACAUGAACCCAUGCUGCAUUACAUCAAAUACAUCUAGAUCAACAAAAUACAUGGUCACAACUCUUCCACAACUCUUCCACUGAGAAUUAAAUAAAAACAUAAAAAACAAGCAUUUUUUUGCCAAAAAACACACCUUCACACUUCUCCUCAUGCAGAGUUUCAUACAUACGCACUCUUAGUUAAAUAUAACUCCAUUGUCUCACAGCCAUGGAAAAAGACAAAGACUUUGAUAAUGAGAAAUGGUUGCCACUCACAAUGUGUAAUAUACUGCAUGAAAACAGUAUACUUGAACCGCAUUCACAAUUCAGAACACCAAAGAGGAAAUGAAAUGCCCCAUUCUCUCAGUCCUGUUCCCUCAAAAUCAAUGUAAACCAUCAGGGACCACAAACAUAAAAUUGCAAACCUCCUCAGAUCAUAAUAAUAACAGUGAUAGCUGGUCUUUCUGCCAUUCAGUAUUUAUGGUUGGUUGAUUAACCACUCAACAGAUAAUUAAGAAGGCAGCAUGUUCCUUUUUAACCUUUUAUUUUUGUCAGCCAGCAAUCUGCACUAUUGCCGUUUUCUUGUUGCUUGCUAGAAACUUCUUUUUGAACCAACACAGGUCAGCAUAAUGUAUAUCUGUACCACAAUUAAAACUUAAUGUAGUUAUUUCUGAACUCAGCUUAUCAACAUUAUUCUGAAAAAAGGCAAAUGUAUGGUUUUAGUAUGAAAACAAACAAACAAUGCACCUGCAUUUCUGCUUUCUUUAGGGAAAUCUAAAAGGUGAAGAAAUAAGAUAAAAUAAAAUAAUCACAUUAUUCACACUCAUCAAAUAAGUCUCAGAACCUUUGACCAGUACAACAUAACUGCAGUUUCUUUCACAUUAAAAUGCAGUAUCCCAUUACACACAGGGUUUAGACAAGUUCAGUUCAAUUUGGAUUGUAUACUUACUUUUACAAGUUUUUUUCAGUUCAGUCCUGAUGUAUUAUUAGUUUGCUCAACAUGUUUAGGCAAAAUAGCUGGCUAAAACAGAUAGCAAACACACAGAACAUAGAGACAGAGUUAGGUCAAAGCAGUUUUACUUUAUAGUUCCACACAAACAAGGAUAAACUGAAAUACCUUUUCCUUGCCCUUGCACACAGUCUUGUCCUCUAUAGAGUAAUGUCUCAUUUGGAUCACAUGAACACUUUUCACUUGCUUUCCAUUUGAAACAUAUAACUCCUUCCAGAAUCCUCCCAUGUCCCUUUUCAAACCCAAGUCUCAGGAGUCUGCUCAGUACUGGGGUACCGGGCUUUAAAUAGACUUAUCUGAUGCAUUCUUGUUAGUUCCUGUUGUAAUCUAACCUGACUGAUUGUUCCUGAGUUAGCUUCCUUAAAGAAACAGUGCUUAGCAGUUACAAGUGUGUGACAUGCUCACUUCCAAUGAUUAGUACAAGUAACGUAUACCUGGGACAGCAUAUUUGUAUUCAGGUGUCUGCUGAUGCAUGAUCCUAAAAUAGGAGUCGAGAGACAGUACCAAUUAAAGCAUUUGUGGGUUGGUAUCUUUUUGUGCAUAUAAGCCUUAAAACAGGACAUAAGCUGAAAUAAACACCCUUCUCAAUAGGUAGUAUUUAAGGCUGAUGAAACCCACUUAAUGGCUUAAUUUCUUUUUCGAUAGGUGAGUAGUAUUUCUCUGCAUUAUUAAGUUUUCUGCUAAUGUAGCAAAUGGGAUGUUUCCUAUGUUUACAGUCUGAGAGAGGACAGUUCCAACUUAGGAGGCAUCUAGGAGUAUUAGGCAUUGUUUCACAAAGUCUGAGGCUAUAUGAAUGGUCACUGAAUGAAUAUAUUUUCUAAACUUCUAAAGGUGUGUUCUCUUUCAAUAAAUCAUUUCACAUUCAGUGAAGCUAUUCCUUUAGGCUGGAAAGUCAGGUGGUGAAUCAUAGUGGCAAAGAUUUUGAACAAGUUUCCAAUACUAGCAGUCCAGACACAUAAAUACCUUUUCUUGUGUUUUGGUGGUUUUGUUUGGGACAGUUUUGUACUGCUUCUAUGGUUUCAUUAUCCCUUAGCCUAUCACAUUCCCCAAGAAGGUGUCUUCUUCCAUACCUAACAGUUAACAGGAUUAGUUGUCAAACCAGCUUGAUACAUAGAAUUGAAAAUAGUGUAAACUUUGGACAGAUGGUCUGAAUUUUGGCCAUCAGUCUCUGGAAUAUUGUUGGUACUCUUUGAAGACCAAAAUGUGAGUCUUUUUAAUAAAAGAGUCCAUCUUGUGUAGACAAUACUAUUUUCUUCUGAUGGUGACAUUAGGGUUUGCUAAUAACUUAAGGUAUAACAUGGGCAAAAUAUUAACUUUUUCUAUCUUUUCAAUCAAUUUGUUCAGUAUGGGCACGGGCUAUAAAUCAAAUUUAUACUCCCAAAUGUAAAUGUUGUCUUUACUUCAUCCCUAACUGUUAAGCAUUGAAAGUAUGGUAUUCAUGUUAUGCCUUUAACUGCACUUUUUCCCCUGAUGGAACUUCUAUACAAUGUUGGAUUAAACUGGUUUUGCUAAGUUGUUCUGAGAA